GGGAACGACCCCCACUACCCCUGCACGCCACCUUAGAUCGGUCGACACAUAGCUAGCUACCCGCUAGCUGCUGCCGCGCGGCCGGGCCGCGCGCGAGAGCGCUCAAAAUUCGCGCGUCGCGCGCCCGCCACGCGGCGCGGUCAUGCUGCGGCUGCGGGGAGAAGCGCGGUAGCCGAGCACGGGCGAUCCGGCGCUGCCCGCCUAUGGAUCUGGCCGCAUGGCGGGCUUCCCUCUAGGCGGAGGAGGCCACGGCCGCGGCGACCACCACCACCACCACCACCCUCACGUGAACCCUUCCUCCGCCUCCGGCUCCGACUCCGCCACCGCCGCCGCCUACCUCUACACGGCCGCCGCGCCGCGCGGCGGGUUCCAGCUAUGGCCGCACCACCCGGCGGAGGAGCACCACCACCACUUCUACGCGCCCAACAUCAUCCGCUUCGCCGAUGACCCCUUCGCGGGCUCCUCGCGCGGCGGCAGGGGUUCAGACGCCUUCGUCGCCGCCGGCGCGGGAACCAUCAGCUGCCAGGACUGCGGCAACCAGGCCAAGAAGGACUGCGUCCACAUGCGCUGCCGCACCUGCUGCAAGACCCGGGGCUUCGACUGCCCAACCCAUGUCAAGUCCACCUGGGUGCCCGCAGCCAAGCGCCGGGAGCGCCAGCAGCAGGUCACCGAGCCCUCCAAGCGCCACCGCGACGCCACCGUCGGUGCUCAGCCCUCCUCUACCACCGCCACUACCACUUCCUCGGGGGAGCAGCAACAGAUGGCGGUGGCGGCGGAGCGGUUCCCGCGGGAGGUGAGCUCGGAGGCGCUGUUCCGCUGCGUCCGCCUGGGCCCGGUCGACGAGCCUGGCGCCGAGGUGGCGUACCAGACCAGCGUCAACAUCGCCGGCCACGUCUUCAAGGGCAUCCUGCACGACGUCGGCCCGGACCCAUCAUCGUCGGUCGCUGCGGGCGGCGGCGGCUUCCGCCACGCCACUGACGGGUCCUCCCCGGGCACGGCGGGCGAAGGCAGCGUCGCGGGGGCGGGGCCCGUCUCGUCAUCGGCUGUGGUCAUGGACCCGUACCCGACGCCGACGACGCCCGGACCGUACGGCGGCUCGCAUUUCUUCCACGGCCAUCCGAGGUGAUCAAACGGCCACCACGAUUGACACGGCUAGCCUAGCUAGCUGGUGCUGGUUUCGUUCCUUUUGGGCAUGCCAUGGCCAUGCAUCCUUCAAUAUUUCGCUUUAUUAGAAGAAGGAUUAUCGAUCAUC